AAUAUAGAACUCACAUUGAAGCGACAUAGCAAGAGCGGUGUACCGAACCGAGUAGCUUCGACAUAUCGUUACUAGGCUGCACUCACAUUCGUGCUCCUUAUACUGGUUGGUGCGGAACCCGCUUCAAGUACAACCUUUCGUCAGUUCGCCAAGGUUUAAAAAUGGAGGUCACCGCUGCACGUGUCGCGAACAUGAUGCUUCGCCGCAGCGGCAGCCGCAAGGAUGGCUUCGACAAGGUGGCUGCGCUGGGAACCAUGUUCUCCCAGUGGUCUCCUCGCGAUCCCAUGAGGCGGAUGACCAUGGGCGGCGCACCUCCGCAGCUUGAGACGCCCGCAGCUGCCGCAACGGAGUGCAUCCCUGACGCCGUCUGCCAGCUCGCACCUAGGAGCAGCCUGACGAUCCAGGACUCGGUCCUGUCCCCCAAGGCUGCUCUGCUGUCUCCCACCACGAGCUUCAAGGACGGCGCGUCGCUCCUCUCUCCCCGGACAAGCCUCAGCAUGGCCGGUAUGGAGGCUCUGCUUGUUAGCGCCGGCCGCGGCCUCUCGGAUACGCCUCAGCAGUCGGGCACGGUUACCAUUACCCCAAGCCCUCUCGCGUGCAGCUCGUAAUGGUUGUUUAGUAAACUAGGAUAAGGAGAUGGCGUCGAGUAUUUGUCAGUAGCUCAGCGUAGGUUGGUUCUAGCAAGAUGCACGUUGAAUGUGGUGCUGUAGGUCUGCGUUUUAUGCGCCUUAAGUGUUGAAUGUUCGUAGCGCUCGCGAGCCUCAAUCAAGUUUUAGAGGUUUUAGCAGCAGUGCUGGCAGGUUAGGCGAUGGAGGCUUUCUCUUUGGCGGGAUGACAUCCUUCUUUCAUUAGUAUAAAGCAAAACAUGUCGGCGCAAAAGUCUGACGCUUAGGUCCCGGUGCAUGCUGGGUUGCAAUGGGACGGGGCUGUUGGCCUCCCACUAGCAUGGACAUCUUAGUGCUCUGUUCUUCUAGUUCUAGCCCUUAGUUUAUUCUUCGGUUCUUCGUAGUUCUUUAGUAGCAUGAAUAUGACGGGCUGCGCGUGAUUUGUGGACGGUAACAUGUGUAUUUCCCGUCACACGAUUGCACGCGCCAACACAGCUGUCGGGUGGUUUAGGUUGUUUGUUUUUCUGUUUGUCGGGAUGCUUGUUUGCUGUACUGUGGCUUGGACUUACACGACUGAAACGUCGAGAGACAUAACAGCAGCGCAGGAGUUGCCUGCGGUUGUAACAAUUGAGUAGCA